AUGACCUUACCAACCAUCGUAUUCGUCCCAGGCGCAUGGCAUACCUGCGACUACUACAAGCCAGUCAUUUCCAUCCUCACGAACAAGGGAUUUCCCACCGCAACCGUCAACCUACCAUCCGUGGGGGGUAUCUCGUCCAUGACAGAUGACGCUAUCGCUAUUCACAAAGUAACCUCGAAACUGGCGGAGGAUGGUCAACGAAUUAUCCUCGUCAUGCAUUCGUACGGUGGGAUUCCUGGGACAGAGAGCGCUAAGGAUCUAUCUUGGGAGAUACGCCAGGCGAACGGUGAACCAGGUGGAAUCAUUGCGCUUGUUUACGUGUCGGCGUAUCUUAUUAAAGAAGGGAUGAGCGUGAUGAGUGUGGCUGGUGAUGCAGAAUGGCCGUCUUUCUUGACUAAACAGGACGGACAAAUCCUCUACGACAAACCAACCGCGAUCGAAAAAUUCUACCACGAUUUCCCUCAAAACGAAUCCCCAACAGCAUGGGCCGAGAAAAUGAAGCCACAAUCUGAGGCAUCUUUCUCGGGUGCUCUGAGCUAUGCCGCGCAUAAGGAUAUCCCAGCUGUAUACUUGCUCUGUGAGCAAGAUAGGUCGCUUCCGAUUGGGCUUCAGGAACUUUUUGUGACGUACGCGGAGGGGAAAAUUACGACCCGGAGGUGCAAGAGUGGACAUAGUCCUAUGGUGACGAUGCCGGAUGAGGUUGUUGAGACGAUACUUUUGGCUGUUGAGGCUUGA